AUGGGGUGUGGUGUAGGGUCCUGUUCUAGGGGCAGGAGUGUAGGUGUGUUGUUUCUCGUUGUUGUGUUCUGUAGCCAGGUACACACUACUUUCACCUGCCCCAGGGAUUGCUUCUGUCCACCACACAGUAAAAAUGUGCAGUGUGCUAAUAAGAAUUUUUUUCAAAUACCGGAUGGAAUUCCCUCUGAGACUUUAGAAUUAAAUUUAAAUGAGAAUAAAUUCAAAAACACCGGAUUAAUCCGCAAAAAUUUUACCGAAUUUUAUGAUCUUCAAAAUUUGUAUUUAAGUGACUGUGGCAUCGAGACGAUUGCUGUGGACACUUUUUCAGAUCUCAUUCAUCUAAACUGGCUGGACGUCAGCAAGAACAACAUCCGGUUCCUGUCUGACUUCACUUUUAGAGGUCUUCAUCUGAAACAUCUCUUCAUCAACGACAACAUGGGCAUGCAGAUUUCUAUUGGUGCUUUUGCCGGCAUGACUACUCAGGGAUUAUACAUGAACAACUGCGGACUACGCCGGUUGUAUGUGGAUCUUAUGACACCCUUAAACGGAUCAUUAAAAACUCUCUGGCUGCAUGGAAAUAACUUUGAAUCUUUCCAGGAAAAGUGGUUGUAUUUUUUCAGAAAACUGGCUCAUGUUCGGCUAGGCGGCAAUUCGUUUCAUUGUAACUGCCAGUUGCUGUGGCUGUACGCUUUCUAUAAGACCUCUAAACAGUCUUUGUUUGCUGGGGCCGAGCAGCCCCAGUGUGGGAGUCCCCGUCUGGCGCGGGGACAUAACUUUGACGACCUCACGGAAGAAGAUUUCCGUUGUGAACUACCAACUUUCCAGAACGUGGACGCCGUCUUUGACACUAAGAUGGGAAAGCUGACCUGUCAGGCUCGAGGCGACCCGGCCCCCACGCUGUACUGGAUCCGUCCUGACGGAACCAUCGAAACAUUCUUCCCGAGGUCCGACGAUGAAGGAGAAGAGAACAUGGCAGUACUGUACAUGGUUGACAGCAAGCUGGAGAACAAGGAGGCAUACAAAUGUGUGGCCAGUAACCCGGCUGGAAAUGUCACGUUUUCUUUCAACGUUGUCUGGCCUGAUCUCAAGCCGUCCCAGCCAACCACGCCCAAACCAGCGCCUAGUUCUAAACCCACACCAACCCCUAAACCCACAAAGCCCAGCAAGGUGGGUCUCAGCAACAACAACAACAAUGACAACAUCAUUCGAGACGAAACUACCGACAUUCCAUCCAAAGCACUUUUGACAAACUAUGUCAAUGAUGACAUCCAGGUCAACGACUGGAGUGGACAUGCCGAGAAAAGCAGAAUGAGGCCUUUAGAGAAACACAUCGGUAUCACAGAGAAGAAGGAAGGUGAGCUGAUGUUUGGUGUCAUCGACAUCGUUGGAGCUAUAGUCGGCACCUUUCUUCUCACCCUCCUCAUCACCAUUACCAUCUUUCAUUAUUACUACCGUAAACGACAGAGAUCCGAGCUGGAUGACAGUUAUUCUGUGCCUGAGCAAAUCAAUAACAAACGGGACCCACACAAUGUCUACAUCAUGAACGAAGCAGACGACAACUGCAUCAAAAUGAUUAACAACCACAACACCACUGACUGUCCCAGCUGA